UUGGAAUACCUUCUCUGGUCAGAUAUUUCUUCCUUCAACGCUGUCUCUUUCUCUGCGUACUCCGAUUUUCUUUCUCGGCAGUAAAGAUUCAACUCUACUGCUGUAUACGUACAUAAAUACGUAUACGUAUACGGGCUUAUACGUUUCUGUAGUACUGAAUUGAUCUGUCAUCUGACUUUUCUUCUUUGAACAUUUCUCUUCCAUGGUUUUUGUGUAACCGAAAAACCCAUCUGAAGAACUAUUAAGAUAUUCUUCUCCUGCAAGAAACCUUCAUUUUCUGGUAGAAUUUGGGAGCCCUUUUGUUGUUUUGGGGUGUUUUUCUAUGGAGACAUCAAGUGCUGAUGCUACGAAUUCGGAGACCUCUUCAUCUUCGUCGCCAAGCAAUGGAGGAGCGAGCUCGAGGACCCUCCAGUUGGCUUCUCUUCGGUUCUUACAGUCUCCUGUCUCGUCGUUGCUGGAGUAUGCAGGUAUAUUAAGGGUCAGGCCCGAUUACCCGUAUUCUGAAGCCCAUCCUCUCGUACCCGAGAAUAUGAACGCCGGUGGUCGUGUACGAAACCCUAGCAGUUCGGAGUCAGUUGACAGAAGUGACGGUGUUGAUGGGAGUGGCGGUAGUGAUAAUGGCACCGGGAGUGGGAAUAGUAUUCGGGAGGUUUCGAUUCGGAUAGUUGGGGAGCAGGCCAGAGCUGGGGGUGUGAAUAAUGGCGACAUUGAUGGGGGAUUGGGUGCGGAGGAGUCUAGGGCAGACGCUGAUAAUGAUAAUGGGGAUGUGAGGGGUGGUAGCGGUGGCAAUAAUAAUAGGGAAGCGUCGCCGUAUCAGAGAUAUGAUAUACAGCAAGUGGCGAGGUGGAUUGAGCAGAUUCUUCCGUUUUCGUUGCUUUUGUUGGUGGUUUUUGUCCGGCAACACUUGCAAGGAUUUGUUGUUGCCAUUUAUAUCACUGCCAUCUUGUUCAAGUCUAAUGACAUUCUUCGGAAGCAAACAGCUCUAAAGGGAGAAAGGAAGAUUUUUGUCCUUGUUGGUUAUUCUGUUCUGUUCAUGCUUCACGUAUUUGUAAUCUACUGGUGGCAUCGUGAGGAUCGCUUUUUCUAUUCAUUACUCAUGAUUCCCCCGAAGGCAGUCCCACCCUUCUGGCAUGCAAUAUUUAUCAUCCUGGUAAACGAUACAAUGGUUCGGCAGGCAGCAAUGAUCUUGAAGUUGGUUGUUCUGAUGUAUUAUAAGAAUGGUAGAGGACACAAUUUUCGAAGACAGGGCCAGAUGUUGACUCUUGUUGAGUACACGCUGCUGCUGUACCGUUCAUUGUUACCAGCCCCAGUAUGGUAUAGAUUCUUCUUGAAUAAAGAAUAUGGGAGCCUCUUUUCAUCUCUGACAACAGGCUUGUAUUUAACUUUCAAGCUUACAUCAAUUGUUGAGAAGGUCCAAUCCUUCUUUGCUGCUGUGAAGGGGUUAUCUAGAAAGGAAAUUCAUUAUGGGUCUCAUGCAACAACAGAACAGGUAAAUGCGGCGGGGGAUCUAUGUGCUAUAUGCCAGGAGAAGAUGCAUGCACCAAUAUUGUUGCGCUGCAAACAUAUAUUCUGUGAAGACUGUGUCUCAGAAUGGUUCGAGCGGGAGAGAACUUGUCCUUUGUGCAGGGCGCUGGUUCGACCUCCUGAUCUUCGAUCAUAUGGGGAUGGCUCAACCACUCUUUUCUUCCAGAUGUUCUAGCCUUCAGACAGACAACCUCCUCAAACUGCUAAGCAGAAAGAGAGUGCGCAUGUUCUGAAACUAUCUUGGGUACGUCGAAGAAACUGUACAAGUCUCUUGACUUAGCCGU